AUGGCUCAAUUGAUUACGAACGUGUUUGAAAAUGGAAAUACCGUCAUAGGAUAUGCUGCUAUCGAAAAGCUUGGCGAUUGUAGGGGCUAUACAUGUGGUUAUAUUGGAUUUACUACUGGUACCAAUGAUGCUUAUGCAGUAGUCAAAGAAUAUGUGAAUCGAAGCCCUAAUGCAACUAUCAAACAAUAUUUGCCAGAACUAAAACGCCUUAGUCAAUUUCUUUUUGGUGAUCCUGAAAGAGACAAUACUUCCAAUCUAACAGGUUUCAUGGAAGCUUGGAAGACAGCGUCUUGCCAAGAUCCCGAGUUUGACCAAACUCAACUCGAUGUAGGUCAUUCCAUGUAUUUGGAACCAGCACUCAAGUAUGCUGCAAGUGUGGGCGUCCAUACCAAUCUCGGCAAAGCUAUCUUCUAUGAUACAAUUGUUCAGCAUGGCUGGCAAUAUGUUGAGCCCAUGAUCAACUUACCGAGAAUUAUUGAACUCACGGGUCCAAGAAAUUCAAAUGAGGCAGAACAAUCGUAUUUAACACGCUUCCUUACCACACGUCGGCAACUUGUUUGCUGCUAUCCUAGUAGUGUAUGGAAUGAUUCAGCUGACCGUAUGCAAGACCUUCAAUCACUUGUAGAUGAUUGGCUCAGGAAUAAAGACUUGAAUCAUCCUAUUACGCUCAAGAUCUUUCAGGCAACUAUUACGGGUAAGGAGGAUAUUAGCAGAGACACAAAGCGUUGUCCUAAAGACCAAGUCACCACAAAGAAACCCAAAUCUGUCUCUUUACCACUCCCAGAUAUUUGUCCAUAA